GAGAAGAAGGAGGAGGACUAGCGGCGGCGGCGGCGGCUGUCGGAGGAGCGAGGAGCGGCGGCGGCGGCGGCGGCGGCUGCAGGAACAGCGGCAGCUAACAUGGCGACGGUGCCUGUCUAUUGCAUCUGCCGGCUGCCCUACGACGUUACCCGCUUCAUGAUCGAGUGCGACGCCUGUAAAGACUGGUUCCACGGCAGCUGUGUCGGUGUGGAAGAGGAGGAGGCCCCAGAUAUCGACAUAUACCAUUGUCCAAACUGUGAGAAAACUCAUGGAAAGUCUACCUUGAAAAAAAAAAGAAAUUGGCAUAAACAUGACACUGGGCAGACAACAGAUGUCAAACCUGUCCAGAAUGGGAGUCAAGUGUUCAUCAAAGAGCUGAGGAGCCGAACCUUCCCCAGUGCGGAUGAUGUUGUCGUCAAAGUGCCCGGCAGCCAGCUGACCCUGGACUACCUGGAGGACCGCGGCUUCACAGAGCCCAUCCUGGUCCCCAAGAAGGAUGGCUUAGGGCUGGCCGUCCCAGCCCCGACGUUUUACGUUAGUGACGUUGAGAAUUAUGUGGGCCCAGAGAGAAGUGUGGAUGUGACCGAUGUCACCAAACAGAAAGACUGCAAGAUGAAACUAAAGGAGUUUGUGGAUUACUACUAUAGCACCAAUCGGAAACGGGUCCUCAACGUCACUAAUCUGGAGUUUUCUGACACCAGAAUGUCCAGCUUUGUAGAACCUCCAGAGAUUGUGAAAAAGUUAUCCUGGGUAGAAAACUAUUGGCCCGAUGAUGCCUUAUUGGCCAAACCCAAAGUGACCAAGUAUUGCCUGAUUUGUGUGAAGGACAGUUACACUGACUUCCAUAUAGACUCUGGAGGGGCCUCAGCCUGGUACCAUGUGCUCAAGGGGGAAAAGAUCUUUUAUCUCAUCAAACCAGCCUCCGCGAAUCUCUCCCUGUACGAGCGAUGGCAGUCGGCUGCCAAUCACAGUGAGAUGUUCUUUGCCGACCAAGUGGACAAAUGCUAUAAGUGUACAGUGAAGCAAGGCCAAACGCUGUUCAUUCCUUCAGGUUGGAUAUAUGCAACACUAACCCCUGUAGACUGCCUGGCAUUUUCAGGACAUUUCCUUCACAGCCUGAGUAUUGAAAUGCAGAUGAGAGCAUACGAGGUGGAGCGAAGACUGAAAGUCGGCAGUCUGACCCAGUUUCCCAACUUUGAAACUGCCUGCUGGUAUAUGGGGAAGCACCUGCUGGAGACCUUCAAAGGGUCACACAAAUCUGGUAAGCAGCCACCUCCCCAUAUAGUCCAAGGAGCUAAAAUACUGAACGGUGCAUUCAGGUCAUGGACUAAAAAGCAGGCCUUAGCAGAACAUGAAGAUGAACUUCCAGAGCAUUUCAAACCAUCCCAGCUUAUCAAAGACCUUGCCAAAGAGAUACGACUCAGUGAGAAUGCAUUGAAAGUCACUAAACCUGAAGUCGGUGCCAAUGUCUCUCCCAAGGAAGUCUGCCCCAUGGAGAAGGAGAAGGAGGAGCCCCCUUCCCCUGUACAGGUCACCCCACCUCCCUCCCUGGUGGAAAAAUCUUCUAAAAAAAAGACUCCCAAAACGAUGAAACCACCCAAACCAUCCAAGAUCCCCAAGCUUCCCAAACUCCCCAAACCACCGAAGCCUCCAAAGCCCCCGAAGCCCCCCAAAGCUCCCAAGAUCAAGGAAGGUGGCAAGAAGAAGGGGAAGAAGUCCAAGGAGUCGGCUUCCCCCACCAUCCCCAACUUGGACUUGCUCGAAGCCCACACCAAGGAGGCACUGACCAAGAUAGAAACGCCAAAGAAAAGCAAGGUUUCAAAGAAUGUUUUAAGUGUCCCCAGCAAAGAAGUCACUAAUAAGCAAAAUGACAUGGAGAGGUUUGAAAUCCGGGAACAGAAUAAGACCAAAACAGAAGCCAAGUGGAAAUAUAAGAAUAGCAAACCUGAUUCCUUAUUGAAAAUGGAAGAAGAACAAAAAUUGGAAAAAACUCCUUUAUCAGGACAUAAAGAUAAUAAAUUUAUGUUUUCUUUCUCUAACAAGAAACUUCUAAGCUCCAAGGGCAUUAAAACCCAGACGAGUCCCGGGGUAUUUGGGUCCUUACAGAACUUCAAGGAAGACAAAACCAAGCCCAUUCGGGAUGAAUAUGAAUAUGUGUCUGAUGAUGGAGAACUCAAAAUUGAUGAAUUUCCAAUUAGAAGAAAGAAAAACACAACAAAAAGAGAUUUAUCCUUUUUAUCAGAUAAGAAGGAAACCAUCCAGCACACACCCGUGAAGAAGCCAAAGGUUGAAUCAGUAUUAUACAAGAGUGAUGAUUCAUCAGAUGAGGAUUCUCUCCAUAUUGAUACGGAAGCCAAGCCAGGCCGCAAUUCCAAAGUAAAGAAGGAGAGUGGGAGUUCAGCAGGAAUUCUGGAUCUUUUGCAGGCUAGCAAAGAAGUCGGAGGAUUAGAGUAUAACACCAACAGCCAGCCACCUGCCUCCCCCAGCACACAGGAAGCUAUUCAGGGAAUGUUGUCCAUGGCAAACCUCCAGUCUUCAGACUCCUGCCUGCAGACGUCGUGGGGCACCAACCAAGCAAAGAGCAAUUCCAUCUCAGCCCAGAACUCGAAGAAGAAUGGGGGAGGGAGCAACAAGAGUGCCGGGAAACGGCUCUUGAAGAAAAGCACAAAGAACAGCAUUGACAUUGAAGACUACGAGGAAGACCAGGAUCACCUGGAUGCCUGCUUCAAAGACUCAGAUUAUGUCUAUCCCUCCCUGGAAUCUGAUGAAGAUAAUCCUAUAUUCAAGUCUCGGUCAAAAAAGAGAAAAAGCUCAGACGAUGCUCCAUACAGCCCGACAGCAAGGGUUGGGCCUUCAGUGCCUCGGCAAGAUAGACCUGUUCGAGAAGGGACGAGGGUGGCUUCCAUUGAGACUGGGCUGGCGGCGGCCGCAGCCAAGCUGUCCCAACAGGAGGAGCAAAAAGGCAGGAAGAAGAAAAAUACCAAAAAGAAAUUGUCACCGAACAACACUAAUAAGGUCUCUCAGGAGAGCAGCUCGCCUGAACCCAAGCUGGAGUCCCAUAGCAGCAGCCUCACUGACCACGAGUAUACAGCAGGAGCCAGCACCUUUGGAGGGGCCCAGGUCACUCGAGGCUCCCAGCCCAUGGCACCUGGAGUCUUCCUCACCCAGAGGAGGCCGUCCUCGUCAUCCCAGAAUAAUGCAGCUGCCAAAGGAAAACGCACGAAAAAAGGCAUGGCGACAGCCAAACAGAGGCUGGGGAAGAUUUUGAAAAUACACCGGAAUGGGAAGCUCCUUCUUUAAUAUUGGAGAGACCAGGACUUUUCUCCCCAGCCCAGGACUUCUUCCUGAGCCAACACUAAAUCUUCAGCUCUUGGAGGACUGCCGUAGUUACUGCGCUUCAUCCUAGGGAGGACCCCAGUUAACUUUUUGUCACCACUCAAAAUAGUUGUUUUUAACUUUCAGCAGUCAGAGUGUACAGAGCACUGCUAUAAAUAUUUUUUAAUAUAGACGUCCGUUCUCAAGUUGCUGAGAGUGACCAUUUCGCAAAAAGUUAACCCAAGAAUUUGAGGACCAUUCCAGUCUUAGGAGAGUAUCCCUUGAACGUGUUCCCAAGUGCAAGGUUGUUUUGCUUGAAGAGAUGCUGUCAGUCUGGAGCACACUCCCUUUGAAAAAGGAAGUGUGGACCAACGCCAGAGGCAUCUGGGUACGGAGCUUGGAAAGGAGGUCGGAGUUGGUAAAAUGCUGGCGCUAGCCAGAGGUUAACAAAAGAAAACAGAAAAAGAGAGAAGGGACGCUCCGUUCUUUUUUUUUCCCUUUCUUUUUUCUCCCCAAGUCAUUUUCAGACAAAUGCCGAAAGCACUCAACUUGAUUUCCGAGUUCAGUUCUUCCCUGUUAGGAGGUUUGACUGCAGGGGGGAACGAAGGGUAUUAACUGCACAGAAGCACUUGGAAUUAGGAGACCACCUUGGAGACGAGAGCGCUGUCUGUCUCUGCACAGGCUUAGGGACGGGUUUGGGGGCCGCGGGGAGACCCUUGGGCGCUGGUGGUACUCCGCCCAGCCGUAGCUGCGGGAUGGAGACUGGGCUGGGCGGAUGGCGAAUGUGGAGCCGGGGGAGGGGUCCCCCGGGCGCGUAGCUUCUUAGCUAAGGCUUGGUGUUCUCCAGAGCUUGAGAGAGAAGCUCCCUAGAAACUGAGGCCGCGCGAGGUACCAGGACAAGCGGGGGAGCAUCCCCCCCGCCCCCCAUGAGCCCCGCCCAGCUGGAUGGGGCUGAGGGGCUACAGGGAAGCCGGCCCCUGCGGGCGCGCCUCCCCCGCCGGUGUCCGCCGAGCACCUCAAAGCACUUGUUACUAGAUAAAGCGGGCUGAAGUCUGAGGAGGGGGCUGCACUAGCAGGCCUGCGGGGGUCUGGCGGUCCGGUCAGGGCCGACGUUGGGCUGAUUGACAAUUUGACUGGAUAUUUUUGUCUUUUUAACUCUUAGCGUUUGGUGUAGAGUGCUUUUAUCUUCCAUUAAGCGGCUUGUCUGCACAUAAACACUGAGGGGGGUGGGGUGGUAUUUGUUUCUCAGGCAAUCCCGUCUUUUCAUUUUAGAUGUGUUUUCCUAAGGCAUAUUUUUCAUAGAAUGUAGCUUGUAAAUAGCUUUUUAAAAUGACUUCUUUUUAUAAGAGUAAAAGUAUCUUUAGAAAUUCCUUUCUAUAGAAUACUUCAUUAACAUUUAUACGAGUUUUUUGCCGAGUAUGAUAAACUGUUGUAUUUUCGUUUGAUUCUUUUAAAAAAAAAAAUUCCUUUUUUUGUUUUUGUUUUUUGUUUUUUUUAUUUUUCCGUUUUUUUUUUCCCCCUUUGGAAUUAGGUAUUGCCUGAAAAACAAGUCACGUCGGUGCAGUCUUAUACAGAAUCAAAUAGUACAAAAAGAAAUCUAUUUAAGACACAUUUUGAAGAGGACUCUUCAACUUUAAUACCAGCUCUUUGUUUUCAUUCUUGUAUGAUGAGGGGGGGGAUACAGUUAUUUUACUAGCACCUUGUGAAGUGUUUCUGUGUUUUGUGAUGAUGUAAUUUAUUAAUGUUUGUAGCUUUUUAUAUUUGUAUAUUUCUUAUGAGCUUUGUUUAUAUACCCAUUACCUGGAUGAAAUGUCCAUGAGAAAACAGCUACAGGAAACAACUGAGGCCUUAUUAACUAACCCACAUCCUGUUCGAGUGGGACAUGGGCUAGAAAGACUGGGAAAGAUAGAAGAGUUAGUCUAAUGGGGCCCCAGACUUAAUCCAAACAGGUGUUUUUAAAGCUUCCUUUGACACUGUUCUUUGUCCAGCAUUUAUAUUAAUCUAAUCCAGGCAUCAAGCUAUUUUUUUUUAAUUAUUUUUUUUCCGCAACAUGUACAUUUCUAACAAAGUUUAUUGUGGCUAUUACAGUGUUUUAUUUACUGAUUCAUAUCAAAUGCUCUUGUAUCAAGUCCAUGGAAUCUAAGUAAACUUAGAUCAAAGUUUAAAAAAGUAAAAUAUUUCAGGUUUUGUACAGAACGGUGUUUCUGCAGUUUUCUGCCUUAUUGAUCUGGUUGAAGUAACAGUAGCAAGAAUGGUCGUGAUAUCUGUAGUAAUAACAGUCAUAGCUUGGCAUUUGACCCUGUACUUUAAAGGCUGCAAAGUGUUUUUCACCCAUAAUCUCUCAGAAUUCUAAGUAUGUGGUCUUGCUCCAUCUUUAAUAGUCAUAUCUAUCCCAGAGAACCUUUAGGAAAGUGAGGAGUGAUGACCAUUUUGCCUCCUUAGACCUCAGUUUCUUCCUCUGUCGAGUGAAAGUCAUCCUGUAAAACCACAGUGUGCCUGACCAUUGCUCCCUGGACGUGCUCAGGAGUUUGUUGGAGAGGAACAAUCUGUGAAAGGUCCUGGACAUCCACAGACCGUAGUACCAUUGUUUUAGUUGCUGGUUAAAAAAGGAUGGCCAAGGAGAGUGUGACUUGGUGUGUGUGUUGAGGAGAAAUUAAAAACAACUGCACAGAAUACAACACCUUCCAUCUUGGGAAACAAGAUGAGGUUUUUUUUUUUUUUUUUUCUUAAUGCUAUUCUAAAACCUAGGGAAGUUUUGGCUAAGGAAAGAGAUUAUACCACCAGCCUAGUGUAGGAAUGAUUAUCUGUAACAUAGUUGAUGAGAGACUGAAACAGUUCCUGAACUGAGACUGAUUUACAUCAUUAAAAAAUCAAAUUUUGUGGAGCUUACAAAGGAAACACAACUUGUUGCAUGAACCCCCAUUUUGCAGUCCUUACCAAGGAGGCAAAACAAGGAAUGUUAUUUACUGAUUCAUAUCAAAUGCUCUUGUAUCAAGUCCAUGGAAUCUAAGUAAACUUAGAUCAAAGUUUAAAAAAGUAAAAUAUUUCAGGUUUCCUCACCCAAUAUUGCCUGCUAGUAGGUUAGGACUUUGGUAUUUGAAUUUAGGUAGGAUCAUUUGUUUUUUCUGGUUUCAGCUACUUUCCUGUUAUCUAAGGGGUAGAAAUGCUGAAUUUUUGCCAAAGGGCAAUGUGGAGGAGUGCAGGGGCUAUUUUGUCCCUGAGAAAAGACCUAAUUUUGAAUCCAGACACUUGUAUGGCCCUGAGUUGAGUAAACUCUUCUGAAUCUGUUCAUCUAUAAAGUGGGGGCUAAGAACACAGGUAGUCUUAACUCAGGAUGAUGAUUAAUAGCCCAAAGAGCUGAUUUAUGUAAAGGACUUUGAAAGCUUUCUACAUCAAUGGUAGCUAUAAAGGGCUUACAUCAAUGGUAGCUAUAAUUGGGUACAGGAAACCUCUGGCUGUAAAAACAUAGAAAGCCUUAGGUCUACCAACUCCAAGUUUCCAAGGUGGUCUUUGUUGGAAACUCAGACCUUUAAGCCUCUCUAAUUUCACGUAUUCAAAGGAUCCUGGUAUUACAAAUAUAAGGGACUUUAUUUAACUUUAUUUAGAGAUCACCUAGUCUAACCCUUUUAUAGAUGGAAAAACUGAGGCCUAAAGAUGUGAGACUCAGAUUCAUCUGGGCAGGAAUUGGAGCCAGGAUUCAGUCCAUCUGACUUGGAAUACAUUGCUCUUUCUGCUAUGCUGCCAAGGGAACUAGGAGUAAACAAGUGACUCCGGCGGUAGGAUUGUACUAAGUUUGCCCUCAGCUGCUGGCCGGCACCAUGGACUCCUGGGCCUCGGAGAGGAGGCAUCUGGAAUCCCAAAGCCAACAAUUCCUGGGAGCUGACAUAUUUUUCCAGCACCUUUGGAUUUACUACUUUCCUCAUAACCUUGUGGGGGGUGGGAAGUAAGGUUUGCAAAGGUAAGAUGGUUAGUGCCCCAAUUCCUGGUCUUCCAACUCCCAAGACCAAUGCGUUGUCCGUACCACUCAUCCUGCUUGAAGCUGAAUUUUCAUCUGGAGGGGCCACGGGCCUGAGUUGGAAGUUGGAUUGAUUAGGACAAAGGUAGGCUAAGGGAUAUUGAAAAUAGCCUGUGAGACUUUAUUGGGUCUUAGGAAAUCCUAAAUCUGGCAAGGUGCAAGGGGAAGAAUAGAGGAUAAUGGGAAGAGUGGGAAUUUUACCUGGCAUAUGGAAACUUUGAAUGCAGAUGUCACAUCCAAUGUGGAUUCCAGCUGAUUCUCCUUUAAUGAAGCUUGGGGCCUCCUACAGAAGCAAAAGGACUGGACUUGGGAGGCAGAAGACCUUUGAAUCUGGGCUUUCUUACUGAAUAAUGUCACCUUAGACAAAUCCCCAUUUCCUCAGUUCUCCCAUUUGAAAGGUUUAGAUCCUUAAGGUCACUUCCCAGCUGUGAUAUUGUUGAAUAUUGAAUUAAUGGAAUUUUCACAGAGUCCAAAUGUAUACUAGUGAAGGCCCUAAAUCUGAAGGGAAGAACUUUGGCCACUUCAGUGGGGCAGGCAGGAACCCAUUUUUGAUGGUCUGAUGCCAAGUUGGUACUCUGGUGAAACAAACAUUCUGUCGUGAUGACCUUAAAGGAAGACUGUCGUGGCCUUUAAAUAAAUUGGGCUUUUCAAGUAUCA